AAAUUAGCUUAAAGGCUGCACUCAGUGCGAACUGCAGAGGGCUAAUUAGCCCUGCAGCCCAAAACUAAAUACUUGAUAUAAGAGAAAUGUUUUGAAAAUUAUUUUAUUUGUGUCUCGCCUUUCCCCUUUUUUAUCUGCUGCAACGCUUCUGAAUGGCAACGCACAACCAUUGGCUGCACUCCAUUCACGAGAGGGUAGGAACCAUGAGAAAGAAUGCCUGAGAAUCUUAAUUCAUAAACACAACUUUAUCAGUCGUUCACAUAACAAAAUCAUCAGAAUUUUUUUAGAGCAGCGUUUUCUUUAUUUACAUUUCAUGAUUCAACUUUCAUUUCCAACGGUUGUUCGUUCGUUCGCUGUUAAAAGCUGUCCCUAAUUUUGUAAAUAUCUUUUGAAGAUUAUUCUGCUUCUUAAAACACACCCAAAAUGUCUUCAGAAGACUCUACAGACGCUGGGAUUUCUUCAAAUCCAUUUGCCAUGUUCAUCCUUAUAUUAUUUGGAAUCAUUCUUUUAGUCUAUAUGCUUUCGAAUCUCAUCAAACAAGCCUUAAAUACCUGCAGACAAAGGUUACUAUCCUACGUAAUGGCAGAGUACUGGCGCAAGGUAGCGGAGAAGCAUAAAGAAGAACUGGAUAACUUCUUCCAGCCUCUUCGCAUGAAAAAGAAAGAAAUUUCUGAGAAUCUCGACGUUUUGGAAAUCGGUAUCGGAGAUGGUGCGAACUUCCCUCAUUAUCCAGAAGGCUGCAAUGUAUAUGCUCUGGACCUUGAAGAUAUUUAUGAAGUGGCAGUGAAGAAAAACAUAAAGAAAUAUCUGCACCUGACGCUCAAAAAGUUCUACUGUUCGCCUGCCGAAGACAUGUCUUUUAUCAAAACUGGUACCGUCGAUGUCGUUAUAUCUACCAUGUGUCUGUGUUCCGUUGGAGAUGUGGAAAAGGUUCUGAAUGAAAUAAAAAGAGUCCUUCGGAAAGGUGGAAUUUUCAUAUAUUGGGAACAUGUUGAGGCAACCAGCUCUACAAUUAAGUUUUUCCAAGUUUUGCUGCAUGGGUCAUGGAAGUGCAUGUUUGGCAACUGCCACCUGACUCGACGACCCUGGGAAACUGUGGAAUCAACUGGUUUUGCUACACAAAAAUACACUAAGGUCACUGUUGAUACCCUGCCGCUGAUAAGCACAACAUUGGUUGGCAGCGCCACAAAAUAAUGGUUUCCAAUCUCUAAUAAAUUGUCCCUUUUUUCUCUAUUGUUCCAAUCGUCUUUCCAUCUUUUAUCCUUCUUUAUCUCUCCUCCUCCCCCCAUUCUGCCACUGCCUCCUCUCUUCCUGUCUGUCUGUACCUCAUCCUCCUCCUCCUCCCAUUUUGCCUUUGUCUCUCUUCUCUGCCUGUACCCCACCUCUACUUUCCUUUCAACCUUUACACAGUCACAAUCUCAUUCAAAACAGAUUCUGAUACGAAAACGAAGAGAAUAAUUAAUAAUUUAAGUAUAUAAGUGUGUGUGUGUGUGUGUGUGUGUGUGUGUGUGUGUGUGUGUGUGUGUGUGUGUGUGUGUGUGUGCGUGUGUGUGUGUGUGCGUGAGUGAGUGAGUGCGUGAGUGAGUGAGUGAGUGCGUGAGUGAGUGCGUGAGUGAGUGCGUGAGUGAGUGAGUGAGUGAGUGAGUGAGGGUGAGAGAGAUUUUAGAGAUUUACUUAUCAGGCAAGUGGUUUGGUCUAUGGCUGUGUCUUAGAGCUAAAAUAAUGAUAAUUGCAGCAUGGGAGACACAUGGCUGCCAUCCAAAGACAUCCAGACACUUCACUUAACCCUUUUAACAUUCAAAUACAAAACUUAUUUAUCCACAUUGUUUUCAAUUAAUCAUGGAAUAUCUUGUCACUUUGAGAUUUCAAUGGUGCAUUUGUACAAUUUUAUAAUGGCAUUGUAGGGUAGGUGCAAGGGGUUGGAUGUGGUCAGUUUGGAUAUAAAACAGGAAGAACAUUUGGGCCAGAAAUGGUCAGUUUAAAUGCUAAAGUGUUAGACAUUAUUUGUUAUUUGGGGACAUUUUUCAUCACAUGGAUUACAACAUGGUCUCUGACAAAAUUACAUUCCAUCUUAUCAGUGAGUUUGUUGGUCAACAUAUAUAUGUAUGUAUGCAUACAGACAUUAGGUGAGAGCUUGAUGUGCUAAAUAUAGAAGUGACAUAGUAGGGCUCAAAUGAAUUUGGAUUUAAACUCUGAAUUCUUUGUGCUGGACAAGGUCGAUGGUGUCAAGAAUGGCCAUAAGAGAUUCCAAGCUAAGUUGAUAGGGAGGUAGUGAUCAGCGUGGUCGUGUUCAUAGUUUGGGGCUUCCAACCAGAGCGACCGACCCACAUAGGAAAAACAACAAACAACUUUGGAACACAAGUGUAUAUAUAUCUUCGUACUUCUAAUAAAAGGCAAUGUGUGUCUCAUGAGCCACAAUAGGGGGAAAAGAGUAAAACAAGAGACAUAGUGGGAGUGAGUGACAGUCAGAGGCAGUAAAGCAAGCAAACAGCAUUCAAAAAUUUUGCUCUGAAGAUGCUGGUAUUUUGAUCAAAAUAAACUAAAUUUUUAAUGUAAAUUGUAUUUAGUUCAUCAGUUACACAUACACACACAUAUUUAUAUAUAUAUGAAAUUAAAUACUGAACACCUUUGUCUUCAAAAUAUUAUCGUUCACAUAACAUAUAUAUAGAUGUUAUGUGAACGAGAAUAUACGUGUGUGUGUAAUAAUGAACUUAUGGUAUACUGUGCUCGGUUGCACUACAAGAGAGAGAGAUAUGUCUAUAUAUAAAUGUGUUUGCAUGUAUAUAUAUAUUUGUAUAUAUAAUUUAUGGUGGCCUAAAUGUAUAUAUGUGUGUGUAUAUAUAUAUAGUCUUUUACUGUAUUGUAGGGCUGACCACAGCCCUGUGAGUAGAUUAGGUAGAUGGAAACUGAAAAACCUCCAUAUAUAUGCAUGCUUCUAUCUAUCUAUCUAUCUAUAUAUAUAUAUAUGUGUGUAUGUAUGUAUGUAUGUAUAGAGAUUAAAGUAAAAUAAAAAAGCAAACCAUUUGGCAUCACUUUAAAAAAGACAUUUAAUUUAGAUAGAGACUCUUUAUAUCAUUUAUCUUCUCUCUCUAAAUUAAAUGUCUUUUUCAAGUGAUGCCAAACAGUUUGCCUUUUCAUUUUUACUUCAAUCUUUAUCUACCUGCUCAAAGAGAAACCACCUAUAGCCACUUCUGGUAGGCAAUCUCAACAUCAUACGUUCAGUUGCAGUUCAAACCAGAGUUUUAGGGGUAAACCAAACAAAGCAUACAUAGAACAAACUCAUAGAUCAGAUGCAUUGAGAUUUUGCCAGUGAUCACGUGACAAUGCAUCUAUUUGACAAUAAAUGGUAGUUUGUCUUUGUAUGUUUUGCAAUGGCUUCCAUGUGUUGUUCAUGCUGCAAUCCCUAUGUUUAUAGGGCUACCUGCUUCUCUUAAUACUUUUAAAUAUUUACAUACACUCAUACAUGUAUGCGUAUAUUUCUAUGUAUGACUAUAAAUAUGCGUUUGUGUGUGUAUAUAAAUGUGUAUGUAUGUAUAUAUAUAUAUAUUUGUAUAUAACUAUAUAUAUAUAUAUGUAUGUAUUAAUAUAUAUGCGUGUGUCCCCAGAUAUGUGGAAAGAAGACCAUAAAUGAUGAUGAUGAGCCAGUAAGAAAGGGGUGCAGCUGGUACAUUUGUCUGUGGUGCAAAGAGCUUAAAUAUGGUCCAGGGAACUUGGACAGGGCCUGUGAAUUUGAAGGUUCUCUCACUGAAAAGAAAAAUACUAAUCACAGCCCUUUCUGGGAGAACAUUCACCCUCUGAGAUUCAAAAUUUGUUUUGUGCUAUAUUGCAAUAUCCCCCCCCCCCCGGAACUCUCUAUGUGUGUGGGUGUGUGUGCUGGCAGUCCCAUAACCACCAAAAAUGUGAGAUAAUCACAGCAAGAAUGAUCUUUUGAGGAUAAUUCUGCUGAAUGGGAGAGAGUGACCAAGGGUUAAAUAACGACCUUCUCACUUCACCCCUACAACUUUUAUUUUGCAUUUUUUUUUUGUUUCUUUCUCUCCUCCUCCUCCUCCUCUUGUCUCCUUCCAUCAAUCUAGCCCACCCCACCAACUUCAAUUUUUCUCUCGUUUUCACUCUUUUUUGAAUAUUAACUGAGGUUACUUACUAUUUUAAGACACCCAUUUACCGUUUUUAGAGGAACAAGGAGUUUAUUGCAGGUUUCUCCAAUUCUCUGCAAUUUUCCUUAAUUUUUUUUUUUUCUUUUUUCGGUUUUGUCUUUUUUCUCUUUUUGAUCCCUUUUAAAGAAUAAUCAAUAAAUGGUAUGACCCCUUC